CGUUGCUUGUGCCGCACGCACUCUCCAUCAUCGCUGCCUGCUGGCUGACACACUGCGUGGACGAACAGGACGACAUUACCGGCGACAACGAGCUGUCCGCCCGUCUACGCCCGCCGUUCGCUUUCGACUCCCCGUGGCGGUGACCGUAUAAAGUCAACAACAACAGGAGCAGCAGAAAGUCCCCACCAUGCCCCAGACUGGCAAAUCCAGAAACGCCCCUCCGGCGUCAGAUUCUCUGCGCUCCCAAACGGGGGCCCCCGCCGGGGCUCCAGAGGAGCGUCGGGUUGAUGUGGGGGACACUGGACAGGACAACCAAGGAGACGAGGACAUCAUUAAAUCUCCAAGUGACCUCAAACAGUACAGGUACGUCGUGCUGGAAAACGGCCUGCGCGCGCUCCUCAUCUCCGACUACACCGGCCCGCCCGCGUCGGAGGAUGAGGAGGAAGAGGAAGGCGGCGAGGAGGAAGAGGACGAAGAUGAGGAGGAGGAGGAGGAGGAAGAUGACUCCGGCGACGAAACGAAGGAAGACUCUGAUGAGGGCACCGACGAGGACGAUGACUGGGAGGGGAAGAGAAAGAGAGGGAAUGCCGAGAAGAUGUCUGCGGCCGCGCUGUGCGUCGGAGUGGGCAGCUUCAGCGACCCCGCCGACCUCCCUGGCCUUGCCCACUUUCUGGAACACAUGGUGUUCAUGGGCAGCGAGAAGUACCCCUCGGAAAACGGCUUUGACGCCUUCCUCAAGAAGCACGGCGGCAGCGACAACGCCUCCACCGACUGCGAGAGGACCGUCUUCCAGUUUGACGUCCAAAGGAGGAGCUUCAAAGAGGCGCUCGACAGGUGGGCUCAGUUCUUCAUCUGCCCGCUGAUGAUCCGAGACGCUAUAGACAGGGAGGUGGAGGCCAUCGACAGCGAGUACCAGCUGGCCAAGCCGUCCGACUCGCACAGAAAGGAGAUGCUCUUCGGGAGUCUGGCCAAACCGGGACACCCCAUGGGCAAGUUCUGCUGGGGGAACGCGCAGACUCUGAAGCAAGAGCCCAAAAAGAAGAAGAUCAGCGUCUACAAGCAACUGCGAGCCUUCUGGAAGAAAUACUACUCCGCACAUUACAUGACCCUUGCUGUCCAGUCCAAAGAGAAACUGGACACAUUGGAGAUGUGGGUGCGAGAAAUUUUCAGCAAGGUGCCCAACAAUGGCCUUCGCAAGCCGGACUUUUCCGACAUGCCGGAACCCUUCGACACCCCCUUUUUCAACAAACUAUACAGAGUCGUCCCCGUUCGGAAGGUGCACGCGUUGAAUAUCACGUGGGCGCUUCCCCCUCAAGAAAAACACUACAGGGUGAAGCCUCUUCACUACAUAUCGUGGCUGAUUGGCCACGAAGGCCCGGGAAGCAUCCUCUCCGUGCUACGCAGGAAGUGCUGGGCUCUCGCUCUGGUUGGAGGCAACAGCGAAACCGGCUUUGACCAGAACACCACCUACUCCAUCUUCUCCAUCUCCAUCACGCUCACAGACAAAGGUUUUCAGAACUUCUACCAGGUGACCCAACUGGUGUUCCAAUACCUCAAGAUGCUGCAGAUCGUCGGACCCCAGAACAGGAUCUACGAAGAGAUUCAGAAAAUCGAGGCCAAUGAGUUCCGCUAUCAGGAGGAGAGCGACCCCAUCGAGUACGUGGAGGACAUCUGUGAGAACAUGCAGCUGUUCCCCAAGGAGGACUUGCUGACAGGAGACCAGUUGAUGUUUGACUUCAGUAGCGAGGUGAUUGGUGCAGCGCUGUCCCUCCUCACCCCCGAGAAAGCCAACCUGAUGCUGUUGUCACCAGAACACGAGGGCCGCUGUCCCCUCAGGGAAAAGUGGUUCGGAACACAAUACAGCGUGGAAGAUAUCCCGCCCGAGUGGAUGGAGCGCUGGGUGGCAAAUUUGGAGCUCAGCGGCGAGCUUCUGCUGCCGGCGGCGAACAGGUUCAUAGCCACCAACUUCACCCUGAAGCCUUCCGACUGGCCCGACACCGAAUUCCCCGUACGCGUCACCAGCAGCGACAGAGGCUGCCUGUGGUACAAGAAGGACAACAAAUUCAAAACUCUCAAAGCCUACAUCAGAUUUCACCUGAUUUCUCCCGUAAUCCAGCAGUCUGCUAAGAACGUGGUGCUGCUGGACCUGCUGGUCAACAUCCUGGGCCACAAUCUGGCCGAGCCCGCCUACGAGGCCGAGGUGGCCCAGCUGGAGUAUAAGUUGGUGGCGGGCGAGCACGGGCUGGUGAUCAAGGUCAACGGAUUUGACGACAAGCUGCCCCUUCUGUUUCGCCUGAUCGUCGACCACCUGGCUGACUUCGAGGCCCCCCCGGACGUCUUCAGCAUGUUCUCCGAGCAGCUGAAGAAAACCUACUUCAACAUCCUCAUCAAGCCGGCCAAGCUCAACAAGGACGUGCGCUUGUUGAUCCUGGAGCACGGCCGUUGGUCCAUGGUGGACAAGUACCAGGCGCUCGUGGCCGGCCUCACCGGCGACGAGCUGACGGAUUUCGUCCGCAGGUUCAAGGCCGAGCUGUACGCCGAGGGCCUGGUGCAGGGCAACUUCAGCAGCCGCGAGUCUCGGGGCUUCCUCCAGUAUGUGACCGACAAGCUGCAGUUCUCCAAGCUGCCUGCGGAGGUGCCGGUGAUGUUCCGAGUGGUGGAGCUGCCCAGGCGACAUCACAUCUGCAAAGUCAAAUCGCUGAACAAGGGAGACGCCAACUCCGAGGUCACAGUCUACUACCAGCCACGGAACUGGCGCUUAAAGCAGUUGGUGGGAGUAUCAAGAUGGCGGAUGGUGACUUCAGUUUUGAGUGGAUCCAAAGACUUGAGGGAGCACACGCUGGUUGAAGUCUUAGUGAUGCUCAUGGAGGAGCCUUGUUUUGAUUUCCUUCGCACCAAAGAGACGCUGGGGUACCACGUCUACCCCGCCUGCAGAAACACGUCCGGCGUUCUGGGUUUCUCCGUCACCGUGCAGACGCACGCGUCCAAGUUCAGUACAGAGCUGACGGAGUUAAAAAUUGAAGAGUUUCUGGUUUGGUUUGGAGAGACGCUCGACGCGCUGACCGAGGAGGCCUUCAACGCUCAGGUGAGCACUCUGGUGAAGCUGAAGGAGUGUGACGACACACACUUGGGCGACGAGGUGGACAGAAACUGGACCGAGGUGGUCACGCAGCAAUACAUGUUUGACCGGCUCAACAGAGAGACCAAGAUCUUGAAGCAGAUGAGCCGCAACGAGCUGCUCUCCUGGUUCUCCGACCACCGAGGACCCAACAGCCGCAAACUCAGCGUGCACUCGCCGAGUUCUGACUGCUCUUGCUCCCCCCCCCCGGCUCAGGUGGUGGGCUUCGGCACCGAGGAGGGCGACGGUCCGAACGACGACGAAGGCGGGGAACCCACCGCCCGAGGCCAGGGGUCCGGCGGCUCGGCUUACGGCGAGGUGUCCAGGCUCACCUUCCUGGCGCCCUCGCCCAAGAUGGCGGGCGCCACGCCCAUCACGGACAUCAACGCGUUCAUCCGAGAGCUGCCCUUCUUCCCCUCGUUCGCGGGAUUGCUGGAGCUAACUUCCGGUGAAAGGUGAAUUUAUCAUCAAAUUUGGUUGAUUGGCCCAUGUUUUGUCAUUUGUGUUUAUCUUUUGCAUUAUCAGCGAUUUCAUUUUUUUAUGUUGACAACAGAGCCGGUGAGUUAUUUAAGGAAUCCCACCCACCCCUGCUGAGCGUCUCUAUUGUAUUGCAAAAGCUUCUUGUUCGCCCCGCCCCGCAGGGACCACCGGGAGUUAACAAUCAAGCGUCCACCGGUCGUAGCAUCACCACCACCAGGGAGCCGGGCGCGAGGCGCAGCCAUGCCGAGGAGGAGCGACUCUCAGCCGGCCUGCCGCCGCCUCGUCUCACGCUG